AUGGCCGGGGACAGGGACAGAGCCAGUCCUCUCUUCCUGGACACUUCAGGGAUCUGGUGGCAGGACCGGCCCUCCCUGGCAGCAGUGGAGGCGUCCUGGGACAUGGCAAAGGUGGCAGCUCUGCAGAAGACUGUGGCUGGCAGCUCAGAGCUGAGGCAUCUGGAGGGAGACAGUGAGUUGGAGCUGACUGUGCCAGACCCAGAGCUGGAGGCCAUCACAGCCAGGGUGAGAGAGAUGGAGAAGGAGUAUGAGAGGCUGAAGGAGCUGCAGCUGGAAGCUGAGAGCCACCUCAUUAUGAGCUCAGAGCCAGGUCUCUUCCUAAAGACAACUGAGGAGAAGAUGGAGGUUGACCAGAGGUCCAUCUACGUGGGCAAUGUGGAUUACGGGGGCACAGCAGAGGAGCUGGAGUCUCACUUCAACACCUGUGGGCAGAUCAACCGGGUGACCAUCCUCUGUGACAAGUUCUCGGGGCACCCCAAAGGCUAUGCCUACAUCGAGUUUGAAGAGAAGAGCUCAGUGAAGGCUGCGGUGGAGCUGGAUGAGAGCGUGUUCAGGGGCAGGGUCAUCAAGGUGCUGCCCAAGAGAACCAACAUGCCAGGCAUCAGCACCACCGACCGUGGGGGCUACCGGGGCCGCUUCCAGACCCGGGGGGGGCUGGGCCAGCGGGGGGGCUACUAUGGUGGCCAACACCUGAGGCUGCGAGGGAGGGCGUACAGGGGCCGGGCGAGGUUGCUGCCGUGGUAUUUUCCAUACUAG